CUGCAUUAUUGGUUUUAGUCAUUAGCUGGUUAACCAAACGAAAGAAAUGAGUGUAUAAAUUUAUGGCUUAUUUUCUUUUCAAUUGUUUUCAUCUGCACUGAUUAAUGCAUUGAAAUAUUUUGAUUUGACCUUUUUGCGUCAAUGGAUGCAGUCUAAAUGUCAUCCAUCUAGAGGAAAAACAAAACAGAGAAAGGGAGAUGCGGAACCAGAUUAUCUUUAAGCGGGCCUUCUAUGAGAAAUGGAAACUCAAUUGUGAAACUAACAAAGCUCACAACAGAGCAAAGGAGAAGGUAGUAAUUCUAAAACCCAUCAUCUUCUACCUCUUCCGUAAUCCUGAUUCUCUCACCCUCCCUCCCUCUCCCUUGCUCACUUGUACAUGCAUCUACGAUCACCAUCAGUGCUUCAUAACUAAGUCGUGAAUUUGAAUUUCUGUGCGGCUGUACCUGGCCAACCAAGAGAAGUUCCACAAAGAAGCUGACAAACAUUUCUGGAAAGCAAUAGCUGAGCUGAUUCCUCGCGAGGUUCCUAAUAUUGAGAAGAAGAGAGGGAAGAAAGAUCCUGACAAGAAGCCCUCAAUCGUUGUCAUCCAGGGCCCAAAACCUGGUAAACCGACUGAUCUUUCAAGGAUGCGACAGAUUUCCCUGAAGCUGAAACCGAACCCUCCACCACGCAUGAUGCCGCCACCAGCUGCCAAAGAUGUCAAGGAUGCAAAGGGAGGAAAAGAUGGAAAGGAUACAAAGGAUGUAAAAGAUGCAAAGGAUGCCAAGGAAGGAGGAAAGGACGCAAAGGAAGCAGAGGAAGGAAAGGAUGCGAAGAAUGGAAAAACUAAUUCACCAACCGCAGCUGGAGCUGCAGGUGCAAGCACACCUGUUUCACCUGCCAAAGACGUUGCUGCCAAUGGUACUCCCGACUUAUCAAAACCAGAGGCUCCUGCUCAACCAGAGGGUGAGCAACAUUCGGAAACCAGGCCAGAUCCUACCAAGUAGUGACCCUUCAUAUUUUUUUAUUCUUUACAUUAUAUUUGAGUCUGCUGCUUAGAAACUUCCUAUGAAGAAUAAACACAAUCAUUUGUUGAUGAUCCAGAGUCUGCAGCAUGGAAUGUAGAGAUUUUCUUCCUAACUUGCUCGAGGGUUUU